CCAACAGUCUGCCUGACUCUCCGACCGCAUCGCACCUCUGUCCCGUCACACUCGGCUACUUUCUCCGUCGCUUUGAAAAGGAUAAAGAGGGGAUUCUCGGUGCAAAACAAAAAAAAAGGCUGAUUAGGGGAAGGUUUAAGUUGGAUGUUUUUUCCUCCAUGUUGGUUAAUAAUAACUAAGUUUCCUGUCUAAAAAGAGGAGGAGAGGAGAGGGAACUUUCAAGGGGGAGCUUUUUUUUCUUGCACCGGAGUAACCGCUGGUUUUUAACCCAGGAGGUCACAUCUGCACACCGGCUGCGGAGGGUGGAUGGUAUGGUGUAACUUUUUCCUCUCUAGUCGAACCGGUGUUAGAGAGAGAGAGGAGAGGAGCUGUUUCAUGGUACCGGAGAGGGGAUGCGAGCCUCUCCUCCUCCGUCUCGGAUAGCGGAGCGGCUAUGAGGAGAGAGGAUCACCUGCUGGGCUGAACGGAUCAAGAUCCACACCGCACCCAACAGAAUGCGGGAACGGGGUCCUUACAUUUGCGGAGUAGGUGUGUGGAGCCUACUGCUGUCCCUCUGUCUGGCCUCCCUCACACAGGCACACAGGAGCCACACAGUGCAUGUGAAGGCAGGGACGUGUGAGGUGAUCGCUGCCCAUCGCUGCUGCAACAAGAACAAGAUCGAGGAGAGAUCUCAGACUGUCAAAUGUUCCUGCUUCCCUGGACAGGUUGCUGGCACCACCCGGGCCAUGCCCUCCUGUGUUGAUGCCUCCAUUGUAGCCCAGAAGUGGUGGUGUCAGAUGCAGCCGUGUAUGGAUGGCGAGGAGUGUAAGGUUCUCCCAGACCUCACAGGAUGGAGCUGCAGCACAGGCAACAAAGUCAAGACCACAAAGGUGACGCGAUAGUCCCGCCCGUCUCAAGAGGAGCAGAAAUGGCGGUGGAGAUAAUUACACAGCACAAUGGACAUAUCGGUGGUGAGGAAACACGCUCAGACGGACUUCUAUGAGGAACCAGUAAUUGUUUCAUUUUUUGAGGAUAUCCAAGAUGUGGAGGCUGAAGAGACAGGACUCUGACACCCUCUUCCAUCACCUUAAACUCAACUGAGUGUCCUCGGUCCUUUUACCGCACAAGACUGCAUCGCUCACAAUCCUUUACUGCUACUACAAACAACAAAAAAGUGAACUAUGACCUAAAUAACACUUGAUUAGAUGACAAAACCUUCUUUACAACAAUCUGUACUCUUCAUCUCUCUUCUAUGGCUUAGUUGUGUUCCAUACGCAUACGGGGAAUAAAGGGGACCUGGACUUUAGACGGCUAUCCUGCAUUAGAAACGUCACUACAAAAAAAAAGGGAGCGGAUCCAGAAUGGCUGUCUCAUGUAGUCGGGAUGACACGUUUAAAUUUAACUGUGCCACAUAUGACACACUUUGAUGCUGUCAAAAUGUUUCUCAGAUCUGAAACCGAACCUUUGCUUUUUUUUCAGAUUUCACCUCCAUAAGAAUAUUUUACCUUGAAUAGUUUGUGGCUUACCACAUGCCAUUUUUUAAAAUGGGGAGACAGUUUGUCAGUCUUCUUUUUUCUUUUGUUUUUUGACAAAGGACAAAAUCCUUUCAGGGGUGAGGUUAGACUAAUACCAAGUAGAUGUUUAUGGUAUAUUGAAACAUGUAAACGUGUAAAAAAUGGUCCAUGGAAUCAACGGGGCUAAAAACAAAUUGACGCUCUAAUGGUUUUAAUAUCUGUGUUUUUAAACGCCUGUUAACCGCUAUUGAGUACAUGUGUCAGUAUUAUAUGAAAUGAAUAAAACCUUUCAAAAGAAAAAAUAAAUCUCC